CGGGUGGUAGGGCACAGUGUAUGCAGGCCUCACACCGAGGGGUGGUGUCUGAGCUGAAUGGCAGGGAGCCGCCUGGGGCUGUCUGGGGGCAGAGGCCCUGAGGGGGGAACAACCUGCGGUGUCUGGGGACCAUCAGGGUGGCCAGUGUGACACAGUGGCAUGAUGGGUUUGGGGUGUUUAGGAGGUAGGUUCCGUGUGUGUCCUGGUGUGUGAGGGGGGCAGCCGAGGGCACUGUGCUGGGUGCUCGAGGAGCGGCUGUAGCCUGUGUCGCUGGUAGUGCCUGGAGGAACCCUGGCUAUUCCUCUUCCAGACGGAAAGCGGAGGCUGGGAAGGGGCAAUCCUUUACCGGAGGCUGUAAGCUGAGCAAGAAAAGCCAGCGUGGGCGCCUGUGUGCGUGAGGCGUCUCUGCCCCUUUGGGGUUCUCGGAGCCCACCUGGCACUUAGCUCCGGUUGUCCAUCACCCCCAGCCCCAUCAGGCUCCACCAUGGUGGGUGCUUGUCUUGCUUGUUUGGAGAAGAGAGGCCCAGCCGUGGGUAGGGGUCCUCAGUGGGGAGGCUGGAGGUGGCUGCCACAUGGUGCGUGGCUGGAGGUGAACCUGAGGCGGCUCCUGUGGAUGACACCAGGGCUGUGCCUACCUGGGUGGGGCUCCUCAGGAAAGCCCCUGGGCACAUGCAGGGUGGAGGUGGCCCUUGGGCUGGGCUCCAUCACCAGGUAGACAAGCCAGGCUGGCCCACGUGGGUUGCUCUGCCCCUUCCCAUGGCAGAGAGCCUCCCCCUCUAAAUAUAGCCCGGUGGGCUGAGCUCAGGCCUAUUUUAGUUCCAGGCUGGGAGGCGGCCAGGCCUUCCCCACGGUCUCAGCAGAGCCACUGCUGCCUCCAUCCUGUCCUGCUCCUGGGCGUUUAUUUCUCCCCCAAACUGUCCACUGCUUGCCAUGCCUGAGGAGACCCAAGAAGCCCUGCUGCCCGAGAGCCCCUGCAAGGGAGGGACGACCCACUGGCUGCAUCAGCCCCGCACUGCCCCAGCAGACACCAUGGCCCUGACCCUGAGCCCGAGCAGUGGCGCACCCCGCGCCCCCAGCCAGCUGCCAGAGGUGCGCCUGCACCAGGUGGAGUCCAUCAGCGACCUUCACGGAGGAGGUUCACUGUGCCCCUACCUGGCUGAGGAGGCACAGCCGUGGGACGAGCUGCUGGGCAUCCUGCCGCCCUCGCUGUGUGCCCAGGCCAGCUGCAGCCUGGUGCACAGCCGCGGGGGCUUCCUCGGGCUGCUCGCACUGCUGGUGCUCACCUGCCUGGCGCUUGCCAUCCUGGCUAUCUACCUGAGCGUGCUGCAGGGCGAAUCCCUACGCGUGCUGGCGCACACGCUGCGCAUGCAGGAGGAGACACUGCUCAAACUCCGGCUGGCCAGCCUCAGCCAGCUGCGGAGGCUCAACUCCAGUGAGGCCCGAGCACCCAGCUGAGCCCUGCGGCCUGGAGGCGCACAGGGAAGUGGGCUGCCCCUGGCUUCUCCUCUCCCACUGCUGCUCCAUGCCACUUCCUCGGGGAGGUUUCUGUACAGCAGUAGGACCUGACCCCAAGCUCCCUGCCUCUUCUGGCCUCUUCAGGCUGGGCCCAGCCAUGCCUUCCGGGGCCAAGGCGCUGCUCUGGGUGGCCUAAGGUCAGAGGAAAUGACCCCAGCUUCCUGUGGCCUGUCAGCACUCUCUGGGGCCUCCUCCAGGUAGCAGUCUAGAAAUAGCUGCCCCCACCCUAGACACCCAAACUCUGCC